AUGGCCACCCCACCCAAGAGGAGCUGUCCAUCUCCCGCCACCGAAGCGGGGGGGACUCGCCUCAAGAAGAUCGCCAUCGAAGGCAACAUCGCUGCAGGGAAGUCAACAUUUGUAAAUAUCCUUAAGCAAGUCUCUGAUGAUUGGGAAGUGGUUCCUGAGCCUGUUGCCAGGUGGUGCAAUGUUCAGAGCACUCAGGAUGAAUUUGAGAAAUGUUUACAUAGAAUAUACUUGAGGGGAAGAGAAGAAGAACAAGAAAUUCCUCUAGAAUACUUAGAAAAACUGCACUAUAAACAUGAAAGCUGGCUCCAGAAUAGAACACUGAAAACCAACUUUGAUUAUCUGCAAGAGAUACCCAUCUUAACAUUGGACAUUAAUGAAGAUUUUAAGGACAGAUAUGAAAAUCUUGUUGAAAAGGUCAAGGAAUUUUUGAGCACUUUGUAA